AUUUAGAAUGGAAGAUUAUCUAUGUGGGGUCUGCUGAAAGUGAAGCGCAUGAUCAAGUUCUAGAUAGUGUAUUUGUUGGACCAGUUCCGGAAGGUCGUCAUAUGUUUGUAUUCCAGGCUGAUCCACCUGACCCUCUUAAAAUCCCUGUUCAAGAUGCUGUGGGAGUGACAGUUGUCCUUUUAACUUGCUCUUACAGAACAAAAGAGUUCAUCAGAGUUGGUUAUUAUGUGAAUAAUGAGUAUGUUGACCCAGAAAUGAAAGAAAAUCCUCCUACAUCACCUCAGUUUGAUAAACUGCAGAGAAAUAUUCUUGCAACUUCCCCCCGGGUGACAAGGUUCAAGAUAGAUUGGGAUGACAACCCCAGUAUGGAUGGCAUCCCAACACCACCUUCUUCUGCAGAAAAACAAAUGGAAAAUCCAGAUGACAGUAAUGGCCCUUUGAAACAAAUAUUUCAAGAGAGUAACCACAGUAUGGAGAUGGAAGUUAUGUGAAAACGACUGAUUAUUGGUUGAUUGAUUGCAUUGCUUUCUUUUAGUUUGUCUUUUAUAUUUUAAGCUCUGUUCAUUGUAUAUAGUCAAUAAAUAUUUUUCGUAUAAUUUAUUAAAAAAAAAAAA